AUGGAUGCUUCCUCUUCCUCUGGUAAAGAUAAGAUAAGCCAAGGCUCUGUUGAAGUAACACUAUUUGUAGUUACAACACGAUGUAAGGUGACAUGCGACCUUAUCUGCCACGUGGCAUUGCUUUUAGCCUCAAUCUACCUCGCUUUUACGAAGGUUGGGGGUAAGGUUAAGCGCACCUACCACCUACCGUGA